AGGAGAGGAGAAAAGAGAAGAGGAGAGGAGAGGGAGUUUUAAUGAAGACACAGUUUAUACUAUCGGGGUUGUCUUGACUGGACAGACUCAGAAGACUCCAGAUGUGUAUAGUUAGACGGAAGGGACUUCUAACAAUAAUCUACCAGUACUGUAGUAUCUGAUAACAAGACACGACAGGCAGACACUAUUUGAUGUUCCACGGACAAUGUACAACAGAAUGCAGGAGCACGCUCUGACAGAAUGACAACUCCGUGGCUUGAAACGUCCCACUGGCUCGAAUACACCCUUCCACCAGUGAUCAUUCACCAUGGUAACCAUACAACGACAGCAUUGAAUAGCAACCAGUCAUGUAGUGGUGAUGACGAGUUAUUUAAGUACCGAGCCUAUACUGUCACCUACCUACUGGUGUUCCCUAUGGCGUUGCUUAGCAACAGUGGAGCGCUGUUCGUGUUCCUGCGACUGACGCCCAAAUGGUCCGCGUCCUCCGUCCUCAUGACCAACCUCGCCCUAUCAGAUGCAUGCUUCUCCCUCACCCUGCCGCUGCGAUUGGCCUACUACUUCAGGGGCGCUCGCUGGGACCUCCCUGAUUGGCUGUGCCGACUGUGUGUGUUUUGCUUCUAUCUCAACCUCUACACCAGCGUUCUCUUCCUUACUGGACUGAGCGUGCUCCGUUGGCUGGCCGUGCUUAAGCCUCUCCGUCAUCGAGCCUUUGCCACGCCCCUUCGUGCCUCAUUGGCCUGCUUGGGCGUUUGGCUGUUUGUGGGCGGAGCUUCAGUCCCAUUCCUGUUUUCGGGGACCUGGGUGAGGGCGGGACUAACACGCUGCUUCGAGCCCCGUAACCCUGCCUCCUGGAAGAUGAUCUUCAUUCUCAACUACGUGGGCAUGACAUUCGGCUUCCUGAUCCCAUUCGUCACCAUCCUCGGUUGCUACGGCAGCAUCAUCCGCCGACUGACAGCUACGGCCUCGUCAUUAGUAGGGUUGACUGGUAGCCUGAACAGGAACAAGAGGCAGAACCCGGGGAGACGUCGUCGCCGGCGCCGGUCUCUGCGUCUGGUCGCCAUGGUGAUCUGCACAUUCCUGCUAUGCUUCCUCCCAUAUCACGUGGCUCGCUCGCUGCACCUGCAUGCGGUGGUGGACAGGUGGGGCUGUGUUGCUACGGUGACGCUGCAGCGGGUGUUGGUGGUGACGCUGUGUCUGGCGGCGGCCAACAGUGUAGUGAACCCUUUGUUGUACUACUGCUCCGGGGAGUCCUUCAGAACGGUCAUACGCAAUGCCUCAUCACGACGACAGUCCUUCUCCUCCUCCUUCACUCAGGGCAGCCUGCUGCUAUCUCGCAGGAAGAGGACUAUUCCCACAAUGCCUACAACACCAACAAUGCCAGACACACCCUUCGCUCCACCCCAAACCCUUUCUGGGUCCCUACCAGACACACACAGCCCUGUGGAAGACAGUCUAUAAAGGGUUCCAAACCUAUUUGCCCUGUACCCCACCUCUACUUACAGACACUGAGACCUGAACCCCUAGCUACACUCUCCAGAAUCAGAGACACUUUGCUGCACGUGCAAAAUGGAGGCCUGAACCAGAACCACACACCGAAGACUGAACCCUCACAUCCUCCAGGGCCAUAAGACACUAACCCUUA